ACGAGCAGCCGGGGAUGCAGGGCGCCAGGGCCCAGCAGUCAGGCCCAGGCGGGCACCGGGCCUGCGUGUGGACCGCUCUGCUUGUGUGGCUGAGCAUGCUGCCUGUGCGCGCCCAGGACGCCAAGAACGAGCAGACGAUACAACCCUCGCUGCUGCCCUCAGUGUCUACCCUGCCCUCGGGACCCACGCCCACCAGGCAAUCUCUGUCGAAGGCAUGUGGCAAGACCACGUUCGCUGGGAAGAUCUUUGGUGGUCAGAAGGCAGGCCCCGGGCGGUGGCCAUGGCAGGCCAGUCUGCUGUGGAAAGGCGUGCACAUCUGUGGAGGGGUUCUCAUCGACAACUACUGGGUAGCCAGCGCUGCCCACUGCUUCCAAAGGUCCCGCCGCCCAUCUGACUACCGCGUUCUGCUAGGGUACAGCCAGCUGAGCAAUCCCAGCAACUACAGCCGACAUAUGACAGUGAACAAGGUCAUUGUCCAAGAAAACUAUAACAGGUUCCACUACCAGAGAAAUGACAUCGCCCUGCUGCAACUGCACAUUCCUGUGGAGUUUAACUCCCACAUCCUCCCGGCCUGCAUCCCGGAGAACACCACGAAGGUGCCCCUUGAUAGUCCCUGCUGGAUAAGUGGCUGGGGGAUGCUCAGUGAGGAUACAUUCCUGCCCGCGCCCUUCCAUCUCCAGGAAGCACAAGUCUCCCUCAUAGAAAAUCAGCGAUGUCAAGAAUUUUUCCAGCUUCCAGACCCCAACAGAGGCCAGCCUAGUGCUGUCAAGGAGGAUAUGCUGUGCGCCAUGGAUGUCACUAACAGAAAGUCAAUGUGCCGAGGAGAUUCUGGGGGUCCCCUCGUCUGCAGAGUGAAUGACACUUGGUACGUGGAGGGGUUGGCCAGCUGGCACUCGGCAUGUCUGUACCCGGUCACCGUGCCCAGCAUCUACACCAAGGUCUCAUUCUUCUCCAAGUGGAUCAAGGAUCACCAGCAAGCCACGCCUGAUCCUGACCCUUCCAUGGCGCCUCAAGAGGAAAAGCCCCCUGCUCUGACAGGCUGGAGAAGUGCGGCCACUGUCCUCACACCCACCCUGCUCACAGCCCUGCUGUCUUCUCAGACCCUCCUCCUGCAGCUGACUUGGUACAGGAGUCUGCCAUGGGCCCACAGCAGCCUGCCUUCCAGCCCAUCUCACCACGCUCCUCACUGAGCACAGGCCUGCCACACUUACACCGGUGGGACUUAGUGUCCGUGUGACGUCACUUCGGCUCCAGGCCUGGCAAAAUAAAAACAACUGGAGACGCUGGUGACUCCUUUCUCCGACCCGUCAGCGCCGCUCCUCAUGCGGUCCCCAGUUCACCCCUGCAGUGUCAGAAGGUCUCCCUCCUUCCUGCCCAGGGACAGUGGAGGAGUUAAUUGGGAAGUCAGGCUGCCCAGCUAGGAGCCGAGUCUCUGCUGUUGGGCAGGUGGAUUCCAUUCUGCAGAUAGGGCCCCAUUCCUGCACCCAUGGGUGUGUGCUCUUUCAGAAUGAGACCCAGUGCUGGGGCCAUUGCCUCACCACAUGGAGGGAGAAGCCAGGGCCCCUGGUGCAAGCCCGCAGGUGGCCUGAAGGAGCAUCUCUUGGGCCCACAGGUCACUGAAGCUCUUCUGGAGAAGUUGAAAAUAGACUGUGAAGGGCCCUGCGCUCUGAGGGCUUCCCAUGCUCCCUAGAGCUCUUCUCCAGGGCUCUGCUUCCUGAUGCUGCCCCCCACCCUAAGGCCCACCAUCCUGGUCAGCAGCAGCCUGCCUCCCAAUCCCUGUGGGCAGAAGCUUGGCAGAGCCAAGAACUGCUGGCUCAGUGCCCAGCUGACCCUGCAAACUGUGUGUCACCGCAGCCUAACUAGUCACUGGGAAGGGCUCUGACCACAGCCCCACCCUCCAACAGGAACUGUGGGUAAGGGAGCAUCUGGGGUCCCUGCAGGCCCAGGGGGAUAUAAGAAAAAUUCAGAUGCCUUGAGCAAAUUAUUCUCACACACACACAAAAAUCACAAAUGUCAGCCGGGCAUGGUGGCGGACGCCUUUAAUCCCAGCUCUUAGGAGGCAGAGGUAGGAGGAUCAUCGUGAGUUUGAGGCCAUUCUGAAACUACAUAGCGAAUUCCAGGUCAGCCUAGGCCAGAGUGAGACCCUACCAUGAACCCCCCCCAAAAAAAAUUGUUCUUGCACCCAUUUGCACCCAA